UCAUUAAUUUAUUUUGUCCCUUUCUUUUAAUCUUCUUCAAUGGGUUUCCUUUGGGUUAUUGUUUAUACUCUUUUAUUCUCUUUCUUGCUUGUUUCUUGCGAAAGCAAUGUCAAUGUCACCCAGUGUUUCAUUGCCAGCGUCCAAAAUGACCUGAAACCGCAAGAGUAUUCUGAUGCGGAAGAUUGGUAUAGGUCCAUAAUUGAGAGUCUGAAUUCCUCCAAAAAUUAUAAUAUUUCACACUAUGUACAAAAUACCAAUUACUUUCUCUACGUCUACGAUACCAUCUUCCAUGGUUUCUCCGCGAAUCUGACAACACUGCAAGCCGAAGAGCUAAAGACACGCCCUGAAAUUCUUGCUGUAUUUCCUGACAGGGUUCGACAACUUCACACCACUCGAACACCUGAGUUUCUCGGACUUGAUGAAACAAGCUGGAGAAAUGGCAUACUUAACGAGUCCAACUGGGGUUCGAACACCAUCAUCGGAGUCCUCGACACCGGUGUAUGGCCUGAAAGCCGUAGUUUCUACGAUGGAGACCUGGAUCCAAUCCCUUCUCACUGGAAAGGGAAGUGCGAUCCAGGAGAUGAAUUUCCCAAAACCCUAUGCAACAAGAAGCUUAUCGGAGCAAGAUACUUUACCAGGGGCUAUAUCGAACACUUGGGCGCCAAAGAAUACUACAUAAAAUCAGCACGAGACGGUAUAGGCCACGGAACCCACACGGCUUCCACAGCAGCGGGACGACGAGUUGGCAGAGCCUCUUUAUUUGGUUAUGCACGUGGCACUUCAUCAGGAAUUGCACCGAAAGCGAGACUUGCUGUCUACAAGGUGUGCGGUUCCAAGGGCUGUUACAAUUCUGACAUAGUUGCUGCCAUGGAAUCUGCCAUCAAAGAUGGUGUCAACGUCAUUUCGCUCUCUCUCGGCGGCUAUCCAGAUUACUAUGAUACGGACCCCAUUGCAAUAUCCUCCUACUCCGCCAUGGACAAAGGCAUUGUUGUUUCCGCUUCAGCAGGCAAUUCGAUCCCUAUCGCUGGAUCUGUGACCAAUAUUGCCCCAUGGAUCACCACCGUUGGUGCAGGCACGCUUGAUAGGAAUUUCCCAGCUUAUUUAACUCUGGAAGAUGGCCACGUCAUCGCCGGAACUUCGCUGUACACUGGGAAGCAUCCGUCGGAGACAAAUUACUUUCCGUUGAUAUACGCCGGAUCCGCAGCCAAAGCGAACCAAAGUGUGCAAGACGCGGCUCGUUGCUCCCCUAACACGCUCGACGAAAGCCUCGUACGUGGGAAGAUUGUGGCAUGUGACUUGGGUCAGAUUCCAUCGAUUGGUCAAGCUCUCGUGGUCAACGAGUCUGGUGGGGUCGCCACGAUUAUUGCCAACGUGGAGCCAAUCGGAGAGGGUUUACGCGCCCAUGCAUAUUUAACCCCUGGGUUGUCAAUCACCGAAUCAGCCCGUGCGGCGCUUCUUAAUUAUAUUACAUCGUCCAAUAAUCCAAGGGCUACCAUUCAAUUCCGCGGGACCCUCUUAGGGGUAAAACCGGCACCCAUGGUUGGUUCCUUUUCCUCCCGUGGCCCCAACAGCAAUUCUCCGUACGUAUUGAAACCCGAUGUGAUUGCGCCAGGUGUCAAUAUCCUAGCCUCCUGGCCCGAUAAUCUGCCGCCUUCUUCCAUGUCUGGUGAUCAUAGGCGUACCAAGUUUAACAUAAUCUCGGGCACAUCAAUGUCCUGCCCACACGUGUCCGGUUUAGCCGUUUUGUUAAAGGGGGCCCACCCGGACUGGUCUCCGGCGAUGAUCAAAUCAGCUAUGAUGACCACAGCGUACACGCACGAUCAGGACGGUAUACCAUUGCUGGAUGAGUGGCACCGUACUAGAGCUACGGUGUUCGACUUUGGUGCGGGACACGUGGAUCCGGAGAGAGCUGUAGAUCCUGGCUUGGUUUAUGAUCUGACGGCGGAUGAUUAUGUGAACUUCCUCUGUGCUUCAAAUUACAGUAGCAAACAAAUCAAGGUAAUUACAGGGAGAGAAGUGACAUGUGCUGUUGGGAAUGACAGCCCGUGGGAGCUGAACUAUCCAGCAAUCUCGGUGGUUUUUGGCGGAUCCAAUUCCACCACAAGGGAGAUUUCAGUUACUAGAACAGUUACGCACGUGUGCGAUGGUCCAUCCACAUACGUGGCAAGUGUCAUGAACCCAGAAGAUGCAACUGUGAGCAUUGCACCUGAAAAGAUUGCAUUCACAAAUAAGGGUGAGAAGAGAAGUUUUAGUGUUAAGAUUUUGGGCCAUGAAGCACGUAGUGAGUCGGGUACUGAGUUUGGAAUGUUGACGUGGACCGAUGGUAAACAUGAGGUGAAUUCAGCUCUAGUGGUCAACUGGGAUAUUUGAUUAGUUUAGUAAUUCCAAAAUGCAAUGUUAUUUGGACAGAGUAAAUUAAAUAAAAAUGUGAAUAUUACAAAAAAA